ACGAGCUCAUCCUGUGUGUGUGUGUGUGUGAGAGAGAGAGAGAGAGAGUGUGUGUGUGAGUGAGUGUGUGUGUGUAUAUAUAUCCAGUCUGCACGCACUCAUUCAAACAGCACACCCCUCCCUCCGGACCAGGAAACCCCGACCGAGCUCCUCCAGGUGGACCCGGUUCUGCUGCUGCUGCUGCUGCUGCUGCUGCUGCUGCUGUGGAGGCCCAGAUGGCAGGUCUGAGGAUCGGAUCCGGAGCGACAGGGACCCGGCAGAGAGGACUCCCAGCAGCCCUCGCUGUCCUCACGCUGCUCACCUGCUGCGUCAGGUGUGCGGAACCGCGCGCAAAACCGAGCAACAUCAUCCUCAUCCUGGCCGACGACCAGGACGUUCAGCUGGGGGGGAUGACCCCGAUGAAGAAAACGAAAGCUUUAAUCGGAGACGCAGGAGCAACGUUUGUGAAUGCAUUCACCGUCACGCCACUGUGCUGCCCCAGCCGGAGCAGCGUACUGACGGGCCGGUACCCCCACAACCACGAGGUGAGGAACAACUCGCUGUCCGGGAACUGCUCCAGCCUUCAGUGGCAGAAAGGGCCCGAGGCCGAGGCCUUCCCCGUCUACCUCAACAAACUGAAGUACCAGACGUUUUUCGCUGGAAAAUACCUGAACCAGUAUGGAAAGAAAGAGGCAGGAGACGUUGGCCACAUCCCACCUGGCUGGGAUCAGUGGCAUGCACUGGUGGGGAACUCGCAGUACUACAACUACACACUCUCCGUCAACGCCAAAGAAGAAAAGCACGGAGACAGUUAUGAGAAGGACUACCUCACAGACCUCAUAACGAACCGGUCCCUGAACUUCCUGGACAACAGGAGCCCUCAGCAUCCGUUCUUCCUGAUGCUGUCUCCUCCGGCUCCUCACUCGCCCUGGACGGCGGCGCCGCAGUACCAGAAAGAGUUCGGCGACGUUAAAGCUCCUCGAGAUGGGAGCUUUGACAAACCGGGGAAGGACAAACACUGGCUGCUGCGUCAACCGAUCAACCCCAUGCCGAGCAAGACACUAGACUACCUGGAUAAUGCGUACAGGAGAAGGUGGCAGACUCUGUUAUCUGUGGAUGACAUGGUGGAGUUGCUGCUGAAGAAACUGGAUAGUAUAAAAGAACUGGACAAUACCUACAUCUUCUACACCUCUGACAACGGCUACCACACAGGUCAGUUCUCUCUGCCCAUCGAUAAGCGGCAGCUGUAUGAAUUUGACAUCCGGGUCCCGCUCAUGGUCCGUGGUCCUGGCAUCAAACCAAACCAGACGCUGCAGGCUCCUGUGUUGAAUAUUGAUCUGGCUCCCACCAUACUGGACAUAUCUGGUGUCAACCUGUCUACUGUGAAUGUGGAUGGACAGUCUUUCCUCUCUCAGAUGGCCCCUUCACUGCGUAACGGCACUGCACGGCCAUUUUUCCUUGUUGAAUACACCGGGGAGGGACAUCCGACAACAGAUCCUGCUUGUCCCAAACUAGGUCCUGGACUGUCUCAAUGUUUCCCAGACUGCGUGUGCGAAGACGCCUUCAACAACACCUACGCCUGCGUCAGGACCCUCGACGGUCAACAAAACCUUCAAUACUGCGAGUUCGCAGACAGCGAGUCGUUCGUGGAGGUGUACAACCUGACGUCGGACCCCCACCAGCUGGAGAACAUCGUGAAGAAGGUGGAUCCGACCAUCCUGCAGGCGAUGAACCAGCGGCUCAUAAAGCUGCAGUCCUGUGCGGGCGACAGCUGCCGCGACACGAAGUGAAGAAGCUCGAGGAAGGUGCCAAACAGACGGCGUCAUACUGCCAGUGGAGUCUGAGUGUUUGGUCAAUUUUUACCACAAGUAUGAUGAUUCGAGAUGCGGUUCUUUAUAACAAUGUUUCCUACUGUGAAAUGAUGACGUCUCAGAAGGAAAAGUGCAAAUAAUCAGAUUAAUGAUGGUUUAAUGAAUUCUGUUUAGCUGCUUCAGUUUCAGGGUCCUGGUGUUGUGCUGUGCCGGCUCACUGUCACACUGUCAUGGUUUACUGGGACACUUAAGUAGAACGGAGCCAUCGUUAGAGAAAAAGUUCGACAUUUUGGGGAAACGCACUUACUUGCGCUGAUACCACUCGAGGCUUGACCGUAUAAUAUGUAUAAUUAUUAUUUUAAAAGUGGUGAACUCUGGGACAGUUUGAUAGUGAAUGUAAUAACGUUUUCCCCUCAUGUACU